AUGGAUCGGAGGAAAACCAGGAUUCAAUCAAACCCAUCUCGAGAGCGUAAAUACAGAACUGGAAAACUUCAUGGAGAUCACAGAGGAAACGAAAACGAGCAGGCGAGGAAUACAAGGGUGAAAAAGAUGAUACCUUUCGCGGAAGUAAGCGAGAGGAGCGAGAAUAGAGAGAGCAAGAAGAUCGCGACAGACGCAGAAGACAAGCUGGUUGACUCCGACGUUGAGAGCUACUUUCGUAAUCACAUGGUAUCCGCCAUUAAAGAGCUGAACAAACGCCAUCGCAGUGUGCGCCAUCCGAGCGUCUCUCUCCGCCGAUCCGCCUCCGCUCAGGAUCAUCGCCGCCUGGCCAAAAUUAUCGAGGCAUUGGGUCGGGGGAAACUAUUUCGGCUCAAAGAGAUGGACGGCGAAGAAGGCAGCGGAAUACGGCUGAGCAAGAGAUUCGCCGGCGGAAAAGUCACCGGCGGCCUAGAGGUCGAGUACAAGACAAAAUCCGGUACCGCUUGGAGCCACUCGUUCCUGAAUCAGAAGCCAUGGCACCCGCUUUCUUAUCCCAACCAGCGCCGCAAGUGGAUCGCCGAGCAGACUCACGCCCAACACGAUCGCAGAGCCGAAGAGGUGGCCCGUGAGUUUGCGCAAGAGCAGGAGUUCUUCAAGCAGGCGGCUCUCAUCUCGAACAAAGAAAGAGAGAAGAAUAGGGUAGAUGCCAAAGUCUACAAAUUUGGUGAAGUAGUGAUUUUCUACUUGGUUUUGUGUUUCAUGAGAUUGAGUCCUGAGCUUAAUGCGCAGAUCGAAAUGAUGAAAGCCGUGAGUUUCAUGUAUGUUCGCCCACCUGGCUAUGACCCUGAAAGUGCCAAAGCAGCAGAAUACGCGGACGAGAAACACGAAGGUCAGAGUUCUUCGGCUCAGGAUCCAAUGGCGGACGACAAUACUGGUUCUAAACCAGCAGAAGCUGGGAGUGAGCUUACAGGUAAGGAAAGGAAGAAACCGAGACCAAAAGAUGUGUUUGGGCGUACUCUUCCUACUGAAGAAGAAUUUGCGCCUAGCAUUCCAGUGUCAUUGUGGAAAUAUUGCAACAUGCACGAGACUGGUAUCGCUGGAAGAGCAAAGCCAUUUGCAGUUGAACUGCGUAAUGUGAAAUGUCUGAGAUGUGGAAACUUUGGUCACCAAAGUGGUGACCGUGACUGUCCAUUGAAGGAUGCAGUGAUGCCAAACGAAGAACUUCGAUUGAAAAGAGAUGAUCCAUUGACUGCUAUCAUUGCUCAUACAGAUCCCGGAGAGCCUCUGAAGUGGGAGUUGAAACAAAAGCCGGGCUUGAGUCCUCCUCGUGGUGGUUUUGAUCUUGACGAUCCAAAUCAACAGAUUGUCGCUGAAGAUAUCUUCGACGAAUAUGGAGGGUUCCUUGAGGGCAGCAUCCCAUUAGAAUUACUGCAGAGUUUGUCGUCGAAUAAGAAAAAAAAGUCCAAAAAGAGCAAAAGCCACAAGAAGCAUUCAUCUCGGACUGUUGAGGAAACUGAUGAAUCUUCCACAGGCUCAGAAGAUAGUAGAGAGAAGAGAAGAUCGAAGAAGGGCAAAGAUAUAAAGAAGAAGAGCAAGAAGCAUUAUGAUUCUGACUCACUCUCCUCUGAAGAUUCAGACUCCGGCAGGUACCGCCCGAGUAGGACAAGACACAACAAGCAUUUAGAUCCAUCUGGGACAUUAAAAUCUGACGCUUAUCACCAAGGUAGCAGUCAGAGAGAAAAGCAUUCCGAAGCCAAGAAGCACCAGAAACCGAAGAAAAUGGCGGAUAUACCUUCUGCUUCAUCUGAUGAUUCUGAUUAUUAUAGAAAUCACAGUAGUAGAAAGAAAAGAUCAGAAGAGGAUUACAAAAUCCAUCACCGGGAGAGAAAUCAAGUGCAUAACAACGAUCCUGUUUCAGGGAAAAGUCGGAAACAUGACAAUUUGGAGUCUGAGAAGCUUCACAGAGUCGAGAAGAAGCAGAGGCAUGAUGACAGAAGGCACAUACAUGUCGAUGAUGAGUCUGAGAGGCGUCAUGGAUCCGAGAAGAAACCGAGAUAUGAUGAUCGUGAUUCCGGGAGGCAUCACAGGAGCGUGAAGGGUAAAGAAAAGCCUGUGUAUGAUGCAUAUGAUGAUCCUGAAGGGUUUUCUGAUAGAUACAGAAGCACGAAGAAAGCAGAAACUGAUUCGGAUUCAAACCGUAGAAGUAGAAAGAAGAAGCACAAGCAUGAGUUGUCAUCGGAAGAAGAAGAAGAGUCUCCACGAACAGGAGGAGAAACUGAGUCUAUUUUCCUCGACCAGAAGUAUUUAUAUGUUGUGAUUACAUUACUCUCACAUGACAAGCCGGUCGGUCCAGUCCACAUUCGAGCGCACGAACGACAACGUUUAGUGGCACAUAAAAAAAAAAAGCGAAACUUUUUUCCCGCCGGCGCAAGCGAGGGAGAAUCCAUGUCCUUGAUUCACCGCCGGUUAAAUCGUUUUCCUGGAUUGUCGUCUGUAAAUGGUUGGAACGUUCAGGUGCGAGAAGCGGUUAAUCGAAAUGAUCCGGCGGAAUCACUUCUUCUAUUUCGAGAAAUGAAGCGCGGAGGAUUUGAGCCAAACAACUUGACCUUCCCAUUCGUGGCGAAGGCGUGUGCUAGGCUUGCUGAUAUUGGGAACUGCGAAAUGGUUCAUGCCCAUGUUCUGAAAUCACCGUUUUGGUCUGAUGUGUUCGUUGGGACUGCAACGGUUGAUAUGUUUGUAAAAUGUGAUUCUCUGGAUUAUGCUGCCAAGGUGUUUGAGAGAAUGCCUGAGAGAGACGCCACCACUUGUAACGCAAUGCUGUCUGGUUUCUGUCAGUCGGGUCACACGGUUAAGGCGUUUUCUCUGUUCCGUGAGAUGAGACUCGGCGAGAUCCAACCUGAUUCCGUGACUGUUAUGACCUUGAUUCAAUCAGCUUCGUCUGAAAAAAGCUUGAAGCUUUUGAAAGCUGUGCAUGCCUUUGGAAUACGUUUAGGUGUAGAUGCACAAGUUACAGUUUCCAAUACUUGGAUCUCUGCUUAUGCGAAGUGUAAUGAUUUGGAUUCAGCAAAGUCAGUAUUUAGAGAUAUUGGCAGAAGUGACAGAACUGUUGUGUCUUGGAACUCAAUGUUCAAAGCUUAUGCAGUUUUCGGUGAAGCAUUUGAUGCGUUUGGUCUUUACCAGUUGAUGCUGCGCGAAGACUUUAAGCCGGAUUUGAGCACCUUUAUUAACCUUGCCGCGUCUUGUCAAAACUCUGAAACACUAGCCCAAGGAAGGUUGAUUCAUUCUCAUGCGAUCCUCCUUGGCACAGAUCAAGAUAUAGAAGUGAUCAACACCUUCAUUUCUAUGUAUUCGAAAUCCGGGGAUAUCUGCUCAGCUAGGCUUUUGUUUGACGUCAUGCCUUCAAGAACAUGUGUUUCUUGGACUGUGAUGAUAAGUGGGUAUGCCGAGAAAGGCGACAUGGACGAAGCUUUGGCCUUGUUUCGUGCAAUGACUGAAACAGGUGUGAGACCAGAUCUUGUCACCUUACUCUCCCUCAUUUCAGGUUGUGGAAGAUUCGGUUCACUAGAGAUUGGGAAGUGGGUAAAGAAAAACCACAUAGACCCUUUACCGAAGAUGACUGAAAGACCACAAGCACGAUGUGAGUCCAUUCAUGAUUCAACGUAG